AUGUCUACUCUCCAAUACUUUCUUGUUGCUGGCGCCACAGGUCGUCAAGGCGGCGCAACAGUAGAUGCCUUCCUCUCCCAUCCCGAUAUCAAAAUCAACUCAAACCAAGUCUACGCUCUUACUCGAGACGCCUCAGGCUCAGGAGCUGUCAAGCUUCUACAAAAGUACCCAGGCAUCAAAAUCAUCGCUGGCGACUUGAACAACCCCAAAGCAAUCCUCCAACAGCUGGACAAAUCCAUCCUCCCCAAGACUGGAAUCUAUCUUGCCCAAGCCCAUGGACCGACAGAAGUGUCAGAUGCAAAAGGCCUUAUCGAUACUGCAGCUAGCAACGGCAUUCCAUACUUCGUCUACUCCUCUGUUGACCGUGGUGGUCGUGAGCUUAGUGACAAGGAUCCAUCGUACUGCAAGACCUUUUCCGACAAGUUUCUCAUAGAGAAGCAUCUCAUAAGUGUAUGCUCCAACAACAAGAUGGACUAUACUAUCAUUCGUCCCACUUGGUUUGCAGACAAUGCCUGGUGGGGAUUUCCCGGCGCACUUUGCAUGACGGGCUGGAAGGUGAACAUGAAGGGAAAGAAGAUGCAGGUCACCGUGGCCAAGGAUAUUGGCAGAUGGGCUGUGGAGGGUCUUCUUCAGCCUGAUAAACGUGGAAUUCGAAACCAAGCUCUCAGCAUUGCUAGUGAAGAGCUCAGUUUCGACGACGUGGAGAAAGUCUUUAUCAAACACACUGGAAAGGGCGUUCCAGUUACCUACAGUCUCUUGACUCGUUUGUUGAUCUGGUUGAGUAAUGAUUUGAACACCAUGUUUGGAUUUAUUGGCGAGAGGUCGUAUGGUGCAGAUCUCCCCUGGUUGAGGUCACAGUUGAAGCCGACUACGUUUGAGGAAUAUGUCAAGAGUGAUGUCCCGACAGGAAAGGUCGAGUAG